CUUGAAGCCACCCUAGAUGUGAAAACAGUUUUGUUUUUCUCCAUCUGAAACAGUAAAAUAAUGAAAACACUCUUCUUGUCCUCGUGUCCUGGAAGAAAGGAAAAGUCAUGAGGCUGAUGUCAUGUAUAAGCUCUGCAAACCAAGGCCAGACCUUGUUCAACCGCCUCCUGAACACUGCUCAUGUUUUCAAGACACGCUGCCCAAAGUGACCCAAACUGGUCCCAAUUCAUAGCACCUACUGGCUGUGUGCCGGGUUCCUCCAGCUAGACUGACUAACUUAUGGGUCAGAGGUGGAUCUAAUCAAUGUAUUCAUUUAAUGCUGAGCAUCAUCUAGAUGCCAGCUCAAACUAUUCUGUCCAAGCCAUCAUAUAAAAGGACGCAGAUGCACCUUGUUGUGCAUUGUUGUAGGCAUCUCAGCAGCUUCUAGGCACCUGUGUACCUUGUUCUAGGCAUCACUUGGACCUUAUCCUCUCCAAUCAUCUGCAGACGGUCCUUCAAGAGACCAUGAUUGUGACAUCCCAGUAGAUACUGGAUCAUUUUCCAUUCUGCGAAGCAUGCCAGUGUCCACACAAUCCUUUGAUGUGAUCUUUUCAGCAAAAAAAUGGGGAGGGGACCCAAAGUUGCCCCACCAUGGUCUUUGGAAUUGAUGUUCAGGCUCUGGACGGCUGGUUCUAUUGGAACCUAAUGGUAGGUGAGGAAAAGGCAGGUAGGAGAGAAUGGGGGAGAGAAUGGGAGGUGGCCUAGGCAGAAGGUGAGCCACUGGCUGGCACAAGGGGUGGAGGACAUGCCACCAGCUGGCUUCCCUUCCUUCUAGGUUCCAGGAUACCCAAGGUGGUAAACCUACUCAUCAAUGCCAAUUAAGUUCUCAGUGCUCUAGAGAAGAAGGUAGAUGACACAGUAGACAGUCAAGCUCCUGAGAAGUCUCUUUCCUUUCAUUGAGUCGGCCAAUCCCUGGGUUCCCAGGAGAGCUGAGGACAAUAAGCGGAUGGCACAUCAGAUGGAACACACCUGGAGGCCUUCUGGAAGAGCCAUACCAAGCAUGGAAUGGAGCCUUUCUGAAGGCCUGCAAGGGAUCCUGUUUGGUGGCAAUGGAGGGAACACCAAGUCAGCCGGCUGCUUCUGUGGCCUCGUUCUGGACAGGAUAUGGCCCACUAUUGGGCUGUGGCCCUGGGACCCCUGGCCUAACCCAACGCCACAACCGGCCCCAUUCUUUUGUAUAACUCCCUCCCUCCCUUUUAUUUGCCACCCGUGUCAUAUCCAACGACUCUCAGCAGCUUACAAUAUAAAACCACCCAAAAAACUUGAAAUCAUCCAUUAUAAAAACACAGCAAAUAAAACCAUUAAACAAAACUAAGGAGACAAGAUGGGAAAGAAAGGAGCUGGACACAUGGGUGGGGUGGGGGUGGAGGUGGGUGAAGGGAGGUGGCAUAAUGCCUUGGAAAGGCCACACUUGGAAUCCUGCAUCCAGUUUUGGUCGCCACGAUGUAAAAAAGAUGUUGAGACUCUAGAAAGAGUGCAGAGAAGAGCAGCAAAGAUGAUUAGGGGACUGGAGGCUAAAACAUAUGAAGAACGGUUGCAGGAACUCGGUAUGUCUAGUUUAAUGAAAAGAAGGACUAGGGGAGACAUGAUAGCAAUAUUCCAAUAUCUCAGGGGCUGCCCCAAAGAAGGAGUCAAGCUAUUCUCUAAAGCACCUGAGGGCAGGAUAAGAAGCAAUGGGUGGAAACUAAUCAAGGAGAGAAGCAACUUAGAACUAAGGAGGAAUUUCCUGACAGUUAGAACAAUUAAUCAGUGGAACAACUUGCCUGCAGAAGUUGUAAAUGCUCCAACACUGGAAGUUUUUAAGAAAAUGUUGGAUAGCCAUUUGUCUGAAAUGGUGUAGGGUUUCCGCCUGGGCAGGGAGUUGGACUAGAAGGCCUCCAAGGUCCCUUCCAACUCUGAUAUUAUUAUUAUUUAAUUUUAAUUAACUACCUCCAGUAGAGAAGCUCCCCCAUUGGGUCCACUUCUUAAGAGCAUCAGCAGUGUCUGUAUUUGUAUGAACCAUUAGUCCCAACUGUUCAAUGCAAAUGGCUUAUUUGGUGAAUCUGAUAAGACAAGAACAUCUUUUAUGGGUCAGGUGCUGUAUGAGGGUGAAGGUUCAUUCUCUCAGCUUCUGGGUUGGUUUCUGAGCAUUUUGUUACCAGGCUACGUAACGUCUUCAGCAAAAUUUAGGGGACGUGAGUGUUGGUGCUCUUCUGCUCAUAAGGGCUACAUGUGGUCAGUAGCACCUCAUGAGGUCACGUCAGGUGAGAGUCUUGUGAUGGGUCAGAUGUGGGUCAGGUCAGGUGAGAGUCUUCUGAUGGGUCUUGUGAUGGAGAGGUCAUUGGGAGGGGAAGUGCUGGUUGGGGGAGUGGGGAGAUUGUGUGUCUUGGUUGAGGGUUGGUGCCGUCACUGGUUGGCCAUGCAGUUGAUUUGAAUUCUGAGGGGAUUGUAGGCUGGUUGUAGGUCGAUGUGUCUAUUGAUGGACUCUGGAUCUAUUUUGCAGAGAUGCCUCCUGGGGAGGGGGCUCAGCUCACUUUCCCAACCUGCAUGUUAUAGAAUGCUGUAAAAUGCAUAUCUCCACACAGCACCAGAUUUGGAGAAGUGACCCUGGCCUUCAUUGAAAAAAAGACACCCCUCCCUGCCAGAGCUAACUAGCUCCAACUGCUUCUUGGGGCAAUGGGGACCACACCAAAGAGGGGCUCAGUUAGAAUGGAACAGAAUUCUUUAUUGGCCAAGUGUGAUUGGACACACAAAGAAUUUGUCGUUGGUGCAUAAGCUCUCAGUGUACAUAAAAAGACAAGAUACGUUCAUCAAGAAUCAUAAGGUACAACACUUAAUGAUAGUCAUAGGGUACAAAUAAGCAAUCAGGGAACAAUAUCAAUAUCAAUAUAAAUCGUAAGGAUACAAGCAGUCAUACAGUCAUAAGUGGAAAGAGAUGGGUGGUGGGAAUGUUGAGAAGAUUAAUAGUAGUGCAGAUUCAGUAAAUAGUUUGACAGUCUUGAGGGAAUUAUUUGUUUAGCAGAGUGAUGGCCUUCGGGAAAAAACUGUUCUUGUGUCUAGUUGUUCUGGUGUGCAGUGCUCUAUAGCGUCCUUUUGGAGUUGAAACAGUUUAUGUCCAGGAUGUGAGGGGUCUGUAAAUAUUUUCCCAGCCCUCAUUUUGACUGAUGCAGUAUACAGGUCCUCAAUGGAAGGCAGGUUGGUAGCCACUGUUUUUUCUGCGGUUCUAAUGAUCCUCUGAAGUCUGUGUCUUUCUUGUUGGGCUGCAGAACCAAACCAGACCUUUAUAGAGGUGCAGGUGACAGACUCGCGUCAGACUCAGACAGACUCUGAUGUUGACCUUCUGUUGGGAAACGCCCAUCCAGGCAAAGAGGGAGGGAUCAAGUGGGGAGCCAGCCUAGAGUCCUUGCGCAGUCACAAGAGACUUCAGCCUGACCAUCCCGAGGUUCCAUGGAAACUAGUCUUGUUUGUUCCCAACGGAAGGCAGAUUCUCUGGGGUGAUUCCUGUACUAUAUAGGUGGGACACAAUAAAGCGGUCGACUGGAUCCUGUCGCCUGUGGAUCGGGUUACUUGCGCCUGACACGGGAUGCCUUCGCCCACGCCAGAGGAGCCAUGAGCCAAGCGGUGGUCUCCAUUUCUCAGGGCACGGCCCCCAUGAUGUCACAAUGCCACUUUCCCUUCCAUCGGCAGGUCUGCUGGCGGCUGUGAAUCUGGCGAGGGGCCCCAGCAGCCGACUAGCAGGCGGUUUGAGCCUUGGAGGAGGAGGAGGAGGAGAGAGGCACUUAAAGUGGCAACAGAAGGCAAGGAGGAAACGCUGAGGAGGAAUUUUGUAGGAGUUGAAAACGGGCACAAAGGAUGAGCAAGGGGACACCUUGAGUGGGAUCCAGAGUCUCCUAAAGCCAUGGGACCCAGGCCGGCCAAAAGCCAAGUUUCGAUCAUAGCUCCUGGAGGCGAGAAGAAAAGCCAGAUGAAUCCCUUCAGCCAGGUUUCCUCCACUGUCCUGUGGAUUCUUCUCGCCACCUCGGCCACCAUCUGCCUCGUGGUCCUGAUGAUAGUGAGCUACCUGUAUGCGGCCUUGGUCAACAAACCCCCCCAUCCGCUUGAGGAGUCGAUGAAGAAGCUGGGGAUAACCAUGGCAGUUGGCCUCAGAAGUCCAGACCUCAAACACGAAAACCCCCUGAAGGUUGCAGAGGAAGCCGUGAAGCUACCAGACCACAUAAAAGACUCCGGAAAGACCUUCGAGAGCCAGAAACUAAAGUACCACUCCCUCUUCAGGAAAAGUCAAAAGUCUGGGACGGAGUGGCGUCCUUUUGGGAAUGGCCUCUACUACGUAUCCCGGGGGAAAAAGACCUGGUACGAGGCAGAGAAUUUCUGCAUGUCCAGAGAGGCCCAUCUGACCUCCGUCCUAAGCUCCGAAGAGCAGAACUAUGUGACUUCGCAGCUCACUCAGCCGGCGUGGAUCGGCCUGACCGAUGGAGGACGAGGAAGGUGGGAAUGGACCGAUGGCUCCAGAUUAGUAGCCCAGUUCUGGUCUCAGGGCCAGCCCGGCCCCUCGGAGCACCUUGGAGACGGAGACCAAGGCUGCACAAUUAUCGUCCCGUCAUCCAAAGGACAGAACUGGAAGGACAUUGACUGCAAUCAGUUGAAUAGAUGGGUUUGCAAAGGAACUCUGGGUGCUGAAGAGCACAAAAUCCAUCAAACACAUUGACCAGAGCCAAUGAUGUGGACUCGGAAAAUUUUCACUGGGGGGGACAAACUCCAUCAGCUAUGCCCGAUCACGAAGAGGCCGUGAAUAUAAUCUUUUAUCCAAGUGUAAUUCGUCCAGUCGAGAGAGAUGGGAGAGAGGCCGAUCUUACGUGAUCUUUUAGGGUCAAGAGGUGGCCUUUUAUCAGAGCCCAGCAGGGCAGCAUUCACAUGGAUGUUGUAAUUUUGUCCUUGAGGCUGAUCCAAGCCUUGAAAAAGCCACAGAGUGAGUGGACAGGACACUUCUGGGUGAGCAAUCAGCUGUUAUCUCUGCCGAGAUGAUUUCCCCAAACAAUGCUGGGUGAUCUGGCUCAUCUGUCACCCCAUUGGUCGCCAGGGUGGAUUCAGCUGAUCUCGCUAGAUGCCCCCUUCCCACCUCACUGCUCCAUGUGCGUCUCCCCUCAAAGCUCUGCACUCAGGGGAAGAGGACGAUCACCCCAGAUUGAAGGGGUGUAAUGAUCUUCGGUCAGGGGGAAUGGAUAGCUGUGCCCCCCUUGCUAGAACCCGCAAAGAAGCAGAAAGCCCAGCACAUCCAGACAACAAGCAGGACACUUGAAAGGCUCAGAGAGUCAAGGUGUUAAUACAGACUUCUUGCUAGGAGAGUCAAAGGAUUAUGUGUUGUUGCACCAAUUUAAAAACAACCCCAAUAAGAAUAAAAUAGGAGAAGACACUGCCAGGAAAUUCCGGGACGCAGGCUGGAACAAGAGGUUGGAGAAGCAGGCUGGAGGAAGGAAGGGUCCGAUCACAUCCAUCUCUUUCCCAAGAGAACUUCCUGGAGGUAGCCAUAAAUCCCCCAGACGUCAAGCCCAGCUCUAAGAAAAUGAACUCAGCUUUCUGAUCUCAGCUUACCCAGAGACCCCAUAAUGCAGAACAAAGACUGUGCACCUCUAGAGAAGACUGCAAGAGGAAUGCUUUCCUUCCUUCCUUCCUUCCUUCCUUCCUUCCUUCCUUCCUUCCUUCCUUCCUUCCUUCCUUCCUUCCUUCCUUCCUCCCUCCCUCCCUCCCUCCCUCCCUCACUCUUAUUCCCAGUUUCUUCCUCUCAUUCGCAUCUUCCUUCCUUCCUCCCUCCCUUCCUCCCUCCCUCCCUCCCUCUUAUU